AUGGAGGAAAAGGAGCUGUUACGGCAACAGAUCCGCCUCCUGCAGGGUCUGAUUGACGACUACAAGAACCACCACGGCAAUGCCCCCGCCCCAGGCCCCUCCGCCACCUCCCGCUGGCAGCCGCCCGUCUACAGCAGCACCAGGACCUUCGGGGCGCGCUAUCCUCGUCCGAGCCGCAGGGGCUUCUCCACAAGCCACGGGCCUGCGUGGCGCAAGAAAUACUCCCUCGUGAAUCGGCCCCCGGGCCCCCUGGACCCCCCUGGCGACUCCUUGGACUCGCCCAGUGAUUCCGUGGACCCCCCCGGGGACUGUGCCUCGCAGGCCCCCCUCGGGGCUGGAGGCAGCCAGGACCCCACGCCCCAGCAGUAUGUCCUGGAGAGGCAGGUCCAGCUCAGUGCUGACCAGAGCAUGGUCAUCAAGAUCAAACCUCCGUCCCAGCCCAGCGUGGCUGGUGCCGCAGGUGCCCCCCGGGGCUCCUCGGCAGAAUAUGAGGACCCUCCUUGGAGCGACCGCCAGCCUCGGGGAGGGGAGGGCGAGCCCUCUGGCGGGCAGCGUCCGCCCGCUAAGCCGGGAAGGGCCAGGGGGGCCUACAGCACCGAGGACUGCCAGCUGGUCUGCCAGAAGGAGGCCGGCAAGCCCCGGGUGGUGAAGUCCGUGAGCAGCUUGAGCGACUGCCCCUCUGAGUCCCGGCGCACGGUCAGCGAGAGCGCCAUCUCCAUCAGGGCCCGCCUCCCGCCCCCCCACGCGCCCCAGCGCGGCGGCGGGGCCCUGGCCGUGAAGGCGAGCUCUCGCCCUGUGGCCAGCUAUGCCGCACAGCUCCUUGGAGACCGGAGAGCCGACGCCGGCCACCCAGACCAGCCGGCUCCCUCUGGCUCCGCGGCAGGCCCCACCAGACCAGCUUCCGGACUCAGGCAGGCCCCCGAGGCCUCGCUGCUUGUGUCCUGUCGAGCCAACAAGUUCCGGAAAAACAACUACAAAUGGGUGGCUGCUUCGACGAAGAGCCCCCGGGCCCCUCGCAGGGCCCUCAGCCCCAGAGCCGCUGCGGAGAACGUGUGUGCUGCGGAGCGAGCCGAGAAGCUGCAGCCCAGAGCCGACCCGGAGGCCAAGCCCAAGAAGCCGGCCGCGGGCGCCACCGGGGCCCCCCGCAGCAAGUACAAGUGGAAGGCCUCCAGCCCCUCGGCCUCCUCCUCCUCCUCCUUCCGCUGGCAGGCCGAGGCUGGCCGCAAGGACCACGCCUCCCAGCUCCCUCCAGUCCCUUCUCGGUCCCCCCCGGGGGACAAGCCUGCCGUGGGGCCCAGUGGCUUGAAGCCCCUCUUCAGCGAGACCCCUGGGCUCUCGGCUUACAAAGUGAAGAGCCGCACCAAGAUCAUCAGGAGGCGGGGGAGCACCACCCUUCCUGGGGACAAGAAGAGCAGCCCCCCGCCAGCUGCCGCCGCCAAGAACCAGUUCAGCCUGCGGAGGAGGCAGGUCCUGCGGGGGAGAGGCGGGCCCGUCCCGAAGAAGACGCCCCCCAAGGGCCUGAUGCAGGUCCCCCGGCACCGGCUGUGCUGCCUGCCCCCCGGCCGCGCCCCGCUCCCCACCAGGGAAGCCUCCAACCUGAGCGCCCUGCCCGCCCCGGCCACCAGCAAAGUGAUCAAGACGCGAUACCGCAUUGUGAAGAAGACCCCGGCGUUGCCGUCCAGCACAGUCCCCUUCCCUCAGGCCCUGCCUUCCUGGCGGGCCCGGCGGCUCUCCCUGUCCAGGUCCCUGGUGCUGAACCGCCUGCGCCCGGCCCGCGGGGGCGGGAGGGCCCAGCUCGGCUCCCCGCGCUGGCGGGACCGGGGCUACCGCUGCAUCGGGGGCGUGCUCUACCGGGUGACGGCCAACAAGCUCGCCAAGACGCCCGGCCGGCCCAGCCCUGAGGGCGCCAGGCCCCUCCCACGGACAGGCCGGCUGGACCCUCCUGGCAGCUGUAGCCGCUCCCUGGCCAGCCGGGCCGUGCAGCGCAGCCUGGCCAUCGUGCGGCAGGCCCGGCAGCGGCGGCGCCGGGCGGGGCAGGAGUACUGCAUGUACUACAACCGUUUCGGCAAGUGCAACCGCGGCGAGCACUGCCCCUACAUCCACGACCCUGAGAAGGUGGCCGUGUGCACCAGGUUCCUCCGUGGCACCUGCAAGAAGAGGGACGGCACCUGCCCCUUCUCCCACCAGGUCUCCAAGGAGAAGAUGCCCGUGUGCUCCUACUUCCUGAAGGGGAUUUGCAACAACAGCGACUGUCCCUACAGCCACGUCUACGUGUCUCGGAAGGCGGAGGUCUGCACCGACUUCCUCAAAGGCUACUGCCCGCUGGGCGCCAAGUGCAAGAAGAAGCACACCCUGCUGUGCCCCGACUUCUCCCGCGGGGGCACCUGCCCCCGGGGCGCCCAGUGCCAGCUGCUCCACCGCAGCCAGAAGUGCCCCGGCCGCCGGGCAGCUGCGGCCCCGGCCCCGGAGCCCAGCAGCGCGCCUCCCAGGAGCAGGGCCUCCACUGGCCACGGGCCCAGGAAGCCCCCGGCCGCCCAGCGCCCCGCCAGGCAGACGCCCAACUCCCCAGCCUCGGAGGCUGCUGGCCCGGCCUCCCCACUCCCCUCCGCUUCAGCCUGCCCCCUGCCAUCCAAGGCCCCCUCCCCCCCCUCCCCCUGCCCCUCCCCCCCACCCUCCCCCGCCCCCUCCCCAGACCGGGAGGAGCCGGCGCUGCAGGAGGAGCCCGCCUCUGCAGGGAAGGGCUCCGGGGGCCUGUCCAAGCUGCCCUCCUUCAUCGCCCUGCAGUCCUCGCCCAGCCCGGGCGGCCAGCCCCGCACCCCGGCCAGCAGGAGCUGCCCCGCCAAGGACUCAGGGAAACCUCUGCAUAUCAAACCCCGGCUGUGA